AUGCUUGUUAAAUAUCUUGGGAUUGCCAUAACCAAUAUUGGCUUGGUAUUUGGCGGCCCUAUCAAACCAUCUAAAUUUUCGGCAGCACGAGUACUCAUUCAACUUCCUAAGGGAACUUGGUUGGAAAGUAUCGCUGUACGCCGCAAUGGUGACAUCCUUGCCACCAGUCUUUUCUACUCCUCGGAUAUUUUCACAGUCACGCAACCAUUCGCACAUCCAAAUAGCACGGCUGAUAUUCUUGCCCCGGUUACGGAAGUCAACAGUUUCCUCGGCAUAACUGAAUUGACCGAAUGGUAUGACGAAGAGACUUUCUUUUUUGUUGGUGGUAAUUUCACAAGCCUGACGAAUUUCACCACAACUGUUGGUUCUUUCAGAGCCUUUACACUCACAUUUUCUCGAGGUGGCAAGGCUCAUGUUCAGAGAGUCAGUGAUCUUGCGCCCAUCUCGUCAUUUCCCAACAGCGUCACUGCUAUUCCGCAGAGCCCGGGGUCCGUCCUUAUCGUCGAUUCUUUCGUUGGCGCCAUUGGUCGUUUAGAUCUCUCAACUGGCCACUACAAUCCUAGGGCUUUUGCAUUUUACGAAAUGACUGUACCUAAAGGCGCCACGCUACCUAUUGGUGUAAGCGCCAUGCGGAUGAAAGGGUCCUAUCUCUACUUUGGAAACCCCUCGACUCAGUCAAUCUAUAAGGUCAAGGUUGAUUCCAAAGGGCAUCUUAUCCAGGGAGCUCGGCCCUCCUUGGUUGCGAAUAUUUCAUCCGUAGCCCCUGGCCUUGAUGAUUUUAUAUUUGACCUGCAGGGCAAUAUCCUCCUCGCCACGAACAGCCCUGAGAAUGCAAUCGUGCAUGUCGAUGUUACGACCGGCAUAAGCAAGCGCGUUGUUGGAGGGCCGACAAAUCCUUUGAUGCCUGAUUCGACAUGUCUGGCCUUUGGCCGAGGUGUUUUUGAUACCAACAUAUUCUAUGUGUCCACAGGAAGGAAUAUCUCAGAUCCAACAACUGCAGCUAGGAUUAUCGCAGUGGACGCAAGCAUAUUGAAGUACUAG